CUCUACUGUAAGCCUAGGAUCUACUUCAACAGAUUUCAGCAGUUUUUCCUUGCAGUUUUCUCCUUUCUGCCUAAAUUCUUUUCAUUGUGGUUGUUUUGUUUUGGUGUAUUAUUUUCCUUUUUGGAGAGGAGAGGAGCAGGACGAGGAUUAUGUUUAAACUGCAUUCGACCUGGACAUGCGGAAUAAGUCCAUCGUAAUGAUGCUCUCUGUGUGACCAAAAAAGUGGAAAUAUCUGCCCUCCUUGCUUGGUGGAGUCCAGCUGAGAGCUGUUGCAUUACUGCAGUGAAGAGCUUGGGAACAGCUGCUGAGGAAUGAAGUCUCCACCUCUUCUCGUGGCCUCACUCCUGGCAUGCAUCAUUGUUUUGGGUUUCAAUUACUGGAUUGCAAGCUCUCGCAGUUUGGAUCUGCAGAGACGGAUCAUGGAGCUGGAAGGCAAGGUCCGCAGGGCAGCGGCGGAGAGAGGCGCUGUGGAGCUCAAGAAGAAUGAAUUCCAGGGAGAGCUGCAGAAGCAGCGAGAGCAAAUUGAUAAAAUACAGUCCUUGCAUAGCUUCCAGAUGGAAAAUGCCAACAGAGCACACUGGGAAGAGAAGGCAGUGCUGAUGAAUAACAUCACAACAAAUGAACGAUUGAUCCAGAGUCUACAAGAACAGUUGAAAAAGUUACAUACAGAAUAUGGAAAGCUGCAGCUGGAUGUUUACCAGUUUCAGAAGAACCAGACUAACCUUCAGAGAAAGUUCUCAUAUGACCUGUCGCAGUGCAUCAACCAGAUGAAGGAAUUAAAAGAACAAUGUGAAGAGAGGAUAAAUGAGAUCUCAAAAAAAGACAGUGAUGUACCACAAGUCAAAGAAAAUAGAGAUUCCUUAGAAGAUUCAAAAAGAAGCACCCAGGCUGAUGGUCUGUUGCCAGCACCGAAACAACCUGAGUUCACGCAGACUGGUUUGGAACAGCAGAGAGCCAAUGAAGAUGUGCCAAAAGCAGUACCUACCGUAAAAAGGAGAGAUGCUGUGCAGACUAAUGAAAGAGUAAAUGACCUUACUGCCAUCAGAAAAGAGGACUCCAAAGCAGAAGAGGAGAAGCUUUUUGUUGAACUGAAACACUCACAGGGUUUGGCUAUGGCUGACACGGGCCAUAAGGAAGUGCCCCCUGAAUCUGAGAAAGAACUGAAUCCAGCCAGAGAUGGAAAAAACAUAGCUGAGCAAGAGGCACCACAGCCAGAUGCGCAACAGAUUGCUGAUGAGGAGGUGGAGAGGGAGCAGCUCCUCAAUUACGAUGCUAAGCAGAGUGACUUGCCUCCUGGACGGGAUGACCAACAAGCACGGGAAGCGUUGAAUCAGGACAAAGAUGUUGACUACAAUUUAGAUGAGAAUGAAGCUGAAUCAGAAACAGACAAGCAAGCAGCACUUGCAGGCAUUGAAACUGAAUUACAGAACGUCUUAAGCUGGAAGACCAUAGAGCCACUCUGCAACCCUCUAUCAAGAACAGGAACACCCUAUUACUGUCUGAGGAUGCCCAGGUAUGCCUUAAUACAAACUCUGAGAUAUUAAGAGCUCUUUUUGUAAUUACAGUAGUGUCUAAGUAAAGGAUUAGUGACAAAA